AUGGGGAGUGAGACGAAGAACCCCGUCCGCACAUUGAAGAUUGUGGCACUGGUGGGCAUUGGCUCACUUUAUAUGCUUGUUAAUAUUGUCUACUUUGCUGCUGUCCCUAAGGAACAAAUGCUCGAGUCUGGAAGUGUGGAUGCUGCCGCCUUCUUCGGGAAUGUAUUUGGUAAACAAGCCGAGAAGGUCAUGUCAGUUUUCGUUGCCUUCUCAGCAUUUGGGAAUAUCUUAUCUGUUCUGUUUUUUCAGGGUCAAAGUAUGUCCUGCCUUACCAUAAUGUUCUCCAAUGAGGUUACUAUUGAUGUAGAGUUGUUCAAAAAUUUGGUCGUGAGAUGUUCUACCCUUUUCAAGCCUUUUCGCCAGCAACUGGUCCGUUUGAGCACGAUAUUGUUUCGGCUAUUAUAUUGCUUGGUCUACCCCCAGGCGAUACGCAUAUCUUUCUUCUUAAGUAAGGCUCUGCAGAAACCCUACCUCAUAUCCUACCCGCUAUCAAUCAUCAAAGUUUUUGUCUCCGGUGGCCUGACCUAUCCAAGUUCCUGUUUGGAACCGAAUCCACGCAGCUCUCCCUGUCACCGGGUAUUUCUUGCUAUCGAACAUAUAUCUCGUCGUCAUACCAUAAUUCCCCCAGAUGCUGCACAAAAUGUCUACAAAAGCUUUCCAUUCUACUUGCACUGUGCUGUGACACUAGGGUUGUUUGGCAUGGGUGCUGUCUAUGACAUUAUAUGGGCAGUGCUAAUGCCUCGGCCGGGUGGAUACCUGCUUGUUAAAGAGGCGGUCAUGGGUUCUGGUGGGUGGUCUCGCAACAUUUUCACGAAAGUUUCCAAGGGUUCAACGUGUUCUUAA